AUGGGAUCCUCAGCAAGAACAGAAGCUAUGAAGCGAUUGGAGAACCUACGACACGGAGCUGAGCUGCAAGGAGAUAAUGAAAACUCCUCAUCUCUCCCGCCAGCUUGGUUAGAUAAAAAUAAGUUUUAUCAAGCUAAGGAAGUAUUUGAACAAUAUUUCUUCAGCAUAUUCUUUGCCCAUUUAUCGGGACUCUUAUUUCUGGUCUUCAUUCCUAACAUGCUUAAUCCAUUGCUUUACACGGGUAACUCUUCGAACCUAGUGCGGAUUUUCCGUCGUUACGUGAGCACCAUGCGUCACGUCCGCAAAUGGUACGAAGGCGAUAUUUGGAAUCCAGAAGAUGCAGCUUAUGAGUCAAUAACAAUUACUCGACGUAUGCAUAAAAAUGUUGCCGAUAGAUUGAACGACAAAAGUGUUGCUAUGUCUCAGUACGAUAUGGCUCUGACACAGUUCUCUUUCAUCGGACUUAUUGUGUUAUUUCCUCAGUCUUUGGGGAUCCACUGUUCACGGGAAGAUUUGGAGAGCCUUGUACACUUCUGGAGAGGGGUGGGUUAUCAGCUGGGACUUGACAACCGUUUCAACAUCUGUGAUGGAAGUCUGGAGGAAACAGAAGCUAUAUGUCGAGAAAUUAUGAAUGCCGUUUGGAGACCGAAAAUUAAGUCACCGUUGCCAGAAGCCAUCCAAAUGAGUAAAGACAUAAUUCAGGCCAUGAGCGUAGUCGUGCCAUUUCUGACUUGGACUGCCAUGAUGAAGUUUUGGUGUCGUUUGCUGGAUAUAUCAUUCAAGAAAAAGACCACUUAUUACGUGUCCAUUUGCUAUUGGCUGAUGUAUGUUGCCUUUCAAAUCCUGCUUAAAUUCUAUGUGUUUAGAGUAUUUUUUAACACUAUGAUCAAAAUUGCUUAUUGGAGGACGGUAAAAUGGCAAGGUCACUUAGAAAAAAAACUAGAACGAGUAAUUAUUGAAAACAGCGAUGACCAUAAGAAACCAAUUUUGUGA